UUUUGAGACUGCCACUAAAGUUAGUAACAAAAGUGGAGGCCUAGUAGCUGGCAUUCACCUUUUGGGAUUAUUCAAUUAAUGGAUUCCAUUAUCCAAUCAUGGUCGACAUAGCUUACAAUGAUUCCUUCUCAUCUUAAUAUUUCUCAAAUGCUGUUGAUUCUUUAAAAUGAAGAUAUAUAUACCCAAUCUCCAGUCACAGAUCCCAAGUUAAGAGUAGUGAUUUCUGUCUCAAGAGGAGAGGCUGUCAGAUGUGUAAAUACCCAUCUUGCUUUUUCCAUUAGGCAGCACCUUCCCCCUAUUCCAAGGCCAAACCUUUCAUUUAAUUGUUCCAAUGGAUUCCAAGUACUCCAAAGUAUGUUGUACACCAGGCGUCCCGUUCGAGUCGAUGGAUUUUCUCUCACGAAAUUCGGUAAUUCAAGUCUUCCGUUCGCUGGCAGCUGCAAAUUCUCAUGAUCCUCGAAAACAAGUGGCCUUUGAAGAAAACAUUAUUAAGAAGUACGCCACUCAGUUGAGAGUUUCACAGCAACAGGACAAAGAUAGGACGGUAAUCGUAGAUGACAAUACUUCCGUACCUUUAUGGCAAACGGACGACCUGAAGUCAUGGAUAUGGCUGCAACAGACAAUUCACCCAGAGUUAAACCUUGAUCGAUGCUUCAGGAAGAAAUGGACACUAGCAAAAUUUUUUGGAGGACAGUCCAUAUGGCUGUGGUUGAAAGAGAUAAAGAGAAAGAGGAAGGAAGAAACCAGACUCCGAAAAGCAGAGGUGCAUGCAGCUAUAUCAGUUGCAGGUGUGGCGGCAGUACUUGCAGCAGUUGCGGCAGAAAACGUCCGAAAGAAGAGUAACCGUGGCCAGCAUCAACAGAAACGGCAGGGCAAAGAUGAUGAGGAAGAGGCCAACAAUGCCAGAGAUGCAGUUCUGGCUUCUGCUGCUGCCCUUGUCGCAGCUCAGUGCGUGGAAGUGGCUCAGACCAUGGGUGCCAAGAAAGACCAACUGGGAUCAGCAAUAGGAUCUGCAUUAACAGCUAAAGAUGUUGGCGACGUCAUUACUCUCACUGCAGCAGCUGCUACAUCCUUGAGAGGAGCAGCAACACUGAGGGCAAGAACGGCGACCAGAACACGUGGCGCGAGAAGUGCAGAUGAGAUUGUGCAGCUUCUUCAAUACAACACUCGAUCAGGAAUCGACAGCGAGGCAAGGCCACAAGAUACCAUAUGUUUUGACUUCCUCAAGGGUACGAGCGUUCUUGCAUGUGAGACCCAGCUCAAUGUCGUGACAAGAAAUGGUGAUACUGAGAGUUCGGAAGACCACCAAGCUCAAUCCGUUCACAGAGGCCAGAGAAAGGAUCAUACUUGAUCUGCAUGUGGCCACCAGAGAAUUGGACCAAAGAAGACUCCACCAUAUUUCACAGACAUUGAAAUAAGUCGGGAAUAUUCAAGCUUGAAAUGAACGACAGUUCACAUUACCAGUUGUGGUCAAUGACGAUAAAUCAUAUGUUGAUGCUUUCCACUAGCUAUAGUGGAUAUGAAAAUUUCUGAGGCCGAUGUUAGGCUAUCAAUCACCCACAUUUCAGUUAGCUCCAAUAUAUAUAC